UUGAUUGGCCAGUUUGGGAGAAAGGAGGUGUUUCCCAGAUUCUCAAUUCGAUCAAACAAGAUGACAGCCAGCACGUUUCUUCUUGGCUUGUUUGCUGCCGCCAUUGUCAUCAUCCCGGCCUCAGUCGCCGGCACCGCAGAGCAGCUGAUUUCUUCGGCGGCGGAACAACGGCAGGGCAGAGUUAUAGAUGUGCAAGAAGGAAGAGGUCCAGAGUCAGUCGUGUGGGUGGUUCAACUCUCCGAUCUUCACUUCAGCGUCCACAACCCUGAAAGGGCUCUUGAUUUCAUCAACAUCAUCGGCCCUGUUCUUAGAAUGAUCAACCCUUCUCUCGUCCUUAUCACCGGCGAUCUCACCGAUGGAAAAAGCAAGGACUUGUUGACAAUGAAACAGGACGAGAUUGAGUGGCUUGAAUACAAGUCUGCCAUGGAAGAUGUUGUGAAGAGGAGUGGGCUUGACAAGAACAUUUUCUAUGAUCUCAGAGGGAAUCACGAUAGUUUUGGAGUGCCGGUCGUAGGUGGGUCAUUCGAUUUCUUUUCAAACUACAGCAUUAAUGGGCAGCUGAAGAGAACAGGAAGGGUCAACAGUGUGACACUUGAGACUGCAAAGUACAAGCAUCUAUUUGUUGGGCUGGAUACCACGAUGCCGAUCGGUUUACGAGGUCCGACUAAUCUCUUUGGGCACCCAACGGAUGAAUUACUGGCUGAACUAGACUCGCAACUUUCACAAUGGGAUUCUCAACCUGGCAAACCAGUUAUCAAGAUACCCUUUGGUCAUUUCCCGCUUUCAUUCUCUGCACUCUCACAGUCUCAAAGAAGCCUGGAAGAUAUUUUUCUCAAGCAUUCCGUGUCUGCUUAUCUAUGUGGUCAUCUUCAUACAAGGUUUGGUAAGAAUUUGAAAAGACAUCACCAAGUAAGUGAUAACAUUCGGACCUUGCAGAAGUUGGUCCAGUUAAAUAUGCACCACUUGCCUUCAGACAGUUCAAUUAAUUGUUCAUUUGGAGCCACACAACCCAAUGAGUUCUGGGAGUGGGAGAUGGGUGACUGGAGGAGGAGCAGAGCAAUGCGUAUCGUGGCUAUUGAUAGAGGUCAUGUUUCAUACAUUGAUUUAGACUUUAAGGUUGGACUUAGGAAAACUAUUGUAAUGCCCACAUUUCCACUUGACUCUCGGUUCAUGUUAACAUCUUCAUCACGUCGAAAGUAUGAGUGUCAACAUAUGGUUCCUUCCUCUUUUGAGACGGUUAGGGCUCUUGUUUUUUCUGCUUCCCCAAUUUUAUCAGUGGUGGUCAGGAUUUAUGAUUCUAAACCUGGAACUUUUGAUAUGGUCAUGGAGACGGAAAUGACAAAGAUUUCUGGAGAAUCAUCCAGAGCUGAGUUUUAUGCUGCUCCAUGGAAUUAUAGGGCCUUUGAAGACCCAUCUCCGGACAGAUAUUGGCUGCAAAUAGAAGCGAUUGAUGCAAUGCAAAGAUCAACUGUCAGUGAAAUGAGGGCAUUUUCUAUUGAUGGCAUAACUGCUCAGACCUCAUGGACAUGGAAAGAAUUUUAUGUAAUGGGUUUUCAAUGGUCUGAACUAUAUUACCCGAUUCUGUGGUCAAUUGUGUCUUUGAUACUGUCCACUCUUCUAAUUCCGAGAGCUCUCCUCAUUUUCUCAAGGAAACAAUACACUUACAGAUAUUUCAUUGCUGGAAAAGGGUUUGUUAGAGGGAUACCAUGGGUUUUGCUAGAACUAUGCAGGCUUCCUGUUGUAUGGUCUGGCAUUUUGGGAUAUGUCAUCUACCUCAUAGUAUGCCCUUGGUUUUUGGGGCAAGUGUUUGUUCACAAUGAGAAGAAAGUGUACAUGACAUAUAUGGGAUGGGCUGUGGAAUCUUUUAAUCAGCAGGGAAAGCAUGAAUAUAUUGGAGUCCCAGAUGUGAUGGUGCUUGUUCUUCCCCAUCUUGUCUUUGUGGUUUUGCCCACGAUUUUUGUGACAGGAGGAUUCGUGGCUGAAAGAAGUAUUUACAGAGAACACGUUCUUUCCCUGUCAGGAAAGAAAGAAGACGAUGAUUGCAGUCAGAAAAUCAGAACAUCAAAAUGGUAUGGACAGAGGUGGAUCCGAAAGGUUCUCUUGGUGGUUGCCUUAGCAAUUUACUGGAAGCAUUUUAAGAGUUGCAGGUCUCUCAUGAAAGCUUUUGAGAUGAAUCCAUUGAUCCAUUUCCCAGUGUAUGCCCUUGCCAUUCCACUUCUGUUGGCCUAUACCAUUUACCAAACCCGGACAAUCUAAUUGAUGGAGACAGGGCAAGAAGGUGGUGCUGCGGCUUGCUUUCUUGACAAGCAAAUGAUUCUGAAAGGUCGUCUAUCUUUUCUUACCGGCCUCGUCAAUGCUCAAAUGCACCUCAAAUGUCAUAUGAACUUGUAAAUGAGCAUCCUAAACUGUCAUUUCUACAACAAGAAGAAAGCUUAGCAGCCUCAAGUUCUUACAAGGAUGCUUCAAGAAAAGGGGACCGGUUGGGACACAUGAAGAGAGAAUGAAAACAUCAAUGAAUGCCAUAGCGACCGUUUUCAUGGUGGCAUUGAUAACUUUGGGGUCAUCGUCAACAACUACACUGGUGAAUGCGCAGCUAGCCGCCGUGACAUGUCCAGGCGCCCUGCUUCAGCUGCUGCCCUGCCUGCCAUUCCUCACCAAGCAAGUCGCAUCCCCGCCUGCCCAAUGCUGCUCGAAUGUUAAGCUGCUGAACGACGAGGCGAACACCGCUGCCAUCCGUCAGCAGCUCUGCAAGUGCUUCAAGCCUGCUGCCAUCACCUACAAGGUCGAUCCUGCCGUCGCCAAGGCUCUCCCUGGCUUGUGCCGCGUCAAUGUCCCCGUCCCUAUCGAUCCCAAGAUCGACUGCAACACGAUUUCCUAGAUGUGAGAUACGGAUGAAGUUGUGGAGCCAUGGAAGGCGAUGGGCCUCCAUGGAUCUUGGACCAGAGUUUGCUAUACAAAUUAAUGAAAUGGUGUUGAUGAUGAUACAUAAAACACAGUUCUUCGAUGGUUGAUUACUGCACACACAGGGAAAGGAAGUCGGAAUAAACAGCUAGCUAGCUUGCUUAGUUAAUAAAAACAGAAGUUGUGUUCUAUAUAUGUGUUUCAUUUUUAGAAUCGUUUUGCAAUGUCUUCACCUUCAACUAAACAAAUUAAUUUGCUAUGUACUUCGAAUAUAACUCCAAGUGUGGGU